AUGUCCAGGGCACAGAUCUCGGCUCUGGUGUUUGGCGUCGGGGGCUUUGGUGCUCUCGUCGCUGCCACCGCGUCCAAUGAGUGGAAAGUGACUACGCGAGCAUCCUCGGUGAUAACGGCCACUUGGGUUUACCAGGGUCUGUGGAUGAACUGCGCAGCGGGCGGCAUGGCGAGCACGGCGUCGGAGAUCAUUGCCUUCAUGGUCUCCAUCUCCGGCUGGGUGCUGGUGUCCUCCACGCUGCCCACCGACUACUGGAAGGUGUCCACCAUCGACGGCACGGUCAUCACCACCGCCACCUAUUGGGCCAACCUUUGGAAGAUGUGCGUUACCGACUCCACGGGCGUCUCCAACUGCAAGGACUUCCCCUCCAUGCUGGCGCUAGACGGUUAUAUCCAGGCAUGUAGAGGACUUAUGAUUGCCGCCGUCAGCCUGGGCUUUUUUGGUUCCAUAUUUGCCCUGUUUGGAAUGAAAUGUACCAAAGUCGGAGGCUCAGAUAAAGCCAAAGCUAAAAUUGCUUGUUUGGCUGGGAUUGUAUUCAUACUGUCAGGGCUAUGCUCAAUGACCGGGUGUUCCCUGUAUGCAAACAAAAUCACAACGGAGUUCUUUGAUCCCCUCUUCGUGGAGCAAAAGUAUGAAUUAGGAGCUGCUCUGUUUAUUGGAUGGGCAGGAGCCUCACUCUGCAUAAUUGGUGGUGUCAUAUUUUGCUUUUCAAUAUCUGACAACAACAAAGCACCCAGAAUGGGAUACACAUACAAUGGGGCCACAUCUGUCAUGUCUUCUGGGACAAAGUAUCACGGUGGAGAAGAUUUUAAAACCACAAACCCUUCAAAACAGUUUGAUAAAAACGCUUACGUCUAA